AUGGCUCAGGAAAAUUCCAGCAUCAUCAUUGAGUUGGUCCUUCUUGGAUUUUCUAAUCAUCCUCAGGCUGAGAUCCCUCUCUUCCUCCUCUUCUCUGGGGUCUAUCUGGUCAAUCUCUUUGGAAACACAGCUAUUAUCAUCUUGGUGGUAAUUGAUCCCUGUCUCCAGACACCCAUGUAUUUUUUCCUCUGCCACUUGGCCUUUCUCAACAUAUUUUACACCACAGCUGUGGUCCCCAAGAUGCUCUUCAACCUCCUUGCUCCCAAGAAAAUUAUCUCAUAUGAACUCUGCCUUGCCCAGACCUACAUCUCCCUGUUAAUGGGAGCAGCUGAGUGCAUUAUUCUGGCCAUCAUGGCUCUGGACCGUUAUGUGGCCAUUUGUUACCCUCUACGAUACCUGCUCAUCAUGAACUGGUCUGUGUGCAUGCGGCUUGCUGUAGGGGCAUGGUCCAUCAGUUUCUUUGCCUCAGUGGUGCCCCUCUACUUCACCAUACUUCCCUUGUGUAGCCCUUACAUAGUUGACCAUAUUUUUUGUGAAGCACCUGUUCUUCUUCAUAUGUUCUGUGCUGAUACAUCCCUGCAAGAAACCCUGAUGGUGAUAGGUGCAUCUGGUACCCUCUUGCUCCCCUUCCUUCUUAUUACUAUCUCCUACCUCCGCAUACUGGUUGCUGUGAUGAAGAUGCAUUCAGCAGAGGGUAGGAAAAAAAUUUUCUCUGUCUGUAGCUCUCACCUGACUGUGGUGACCAUUUAUUAUGGGACAGGUAUGUUCAUGUACAUGAGGCCUAAAUCUCUAUAUUCAGCUGAGGGUGAUAAAUUAAUCUCCUUAUUUUAUGCUGUCAUCAAUCCUGCUUUGAACCCAUUAAUCUACAGUCUGAGGAACAAGGAAGUGACUGGAGCCUUGAAGAGAGUCUUAGGAAGAUUAAGGAAGAAUCCAAGACUCUCUGAGUUUGAAAAACUGAGGUUAUGA